GGUCCGUGAGGGGCCGUGAGGGGCUGAGGGGCGGCCGGGCCCGCCCGGAGCCUCCCAGCACCUCUCACGGCGCUCUCGGGGCCGCGUCCUCCUCCCUCCCGAGCGCUCCCCCGAUCCUUUAACCCGCAGUAAUUUCAUCAGCCACUAUUUUUAAAUUAAAAAGAAGGACAAAAUGAUGUCAAGACAAGCCUUCCUGUGCAGUUUGGGCUCUCUGUAUUUAUCCCUCCUCUUCAUCUUCCUCCUCAUGGAUGUUUAUGCCAGGCCUGCAAAUAAUUCUGUGCUCAAGGAGAAAGGGGCUGAUGGCAAAGAGGAGAACGAGAUCCUGCCCCCAGAUCACCUGAACGGGGUCAAAAUGGAGAUGGACGGGCACCUGAACAAAGAAUUCCAUCAGGAGGUUUUCCUGGGAAAGGAGAUGGAGGAAUUUGAGGAGGAUUCAGAGCCCAGAAGAAACAGGAAGAAGCUGAUGGUCAUUUUUGCAAAGGUGGAUGUAAAUAAUGAUAAAAAGAUUGGAGCCAAGGAGAUGCAGCGCUGGAUCAUGGAAAAGACGGAUGAACAUUUCCAGGAGGCUGUGGAAGAGAACAAAAUGCACUUCAGAGCUGUGGACCCCGAUGGGGACGGCCACGUGUCCUGGGAUGAAUACAAAAUUAAAUUCCUGGCAAGUAAAGGCUUUAAUGAAAAAGAAAUUGCUGAGAAGAUCAAAAACAACGAAGAGCUGAAAAUAGAUGAAGAAACCCAGGAGGUUUUAGACAACCUGAAGGAUCGGUGGUACCAGGCUGACAACCCCCCUCCUGACCUGCUGCUGAACGAGGAGGAAUUCCUGUCCUUCCUGCAUCCAGAGCACAGCAGGGGGAUGCUCAAGUUCAUGGUGAAAGAAAUCAUCCGGGAUCUGGAUCAGGAUGGAGAUAAGAAGCUCACCCUCUCCGAGUUCAUCUCCUUACCUGUCGGCACCGUGGAGAACCAGCAGGCUCAGGACAUUGAUGAUGACUGGGUGAAAGACAGGAGGAAGGAGUUUGAGGAGGUCAUUGAUGCCAACCACGAUGGCAUUGUCACCAUGGAAGAGCUGGAGGAAUACAUGGAUCCCAUGAACGAGUACAACGCCCUCAACGAGGCCAAGCAGAUGAUUGCAGUGGCAGAUGAGAAUCAAAACCACCACCUGGAGCUGGAGGAGAUCCUGAAAUACAGCGAAUAUUUCACCGGCAGCAAACUCAUGGACUACGCCCGGAACGUCCACGAGGAAUUCUGACCCUGCUCGCUCCUCCAGAGCUCUCAAGCACUUUCUGGCUUUCAAAAAAAAAAAGAGAGAGAGAGAGAGGGGGGAAAAAAAGGAAUAAAUCCAAGCCCCAAAAACAGACAGUUCCUUUGCUGCUAAUCUGUGUCCUUUGCCUCCGGUGUGUUGUCCCAGACUUCCAACCUUCCGUCCGUCCACGGGAUCUUGCUGCCUUUGGGGUGAGGGGAAACCAGGCCAGGAAGAGUGGGAAAGGUCCUGGAAUGCCUCAGUUCCCCCUGGAUUGGGCAGGAAUUCCAGCUGAAGUUGGGCAAAUCGUCUUUGGGGGAGGCUUCUGAAAUAUUUCACUCGUUGCCCUCGUAGCUGCUGAUCCCUGGGAAUCCCAGAUAACAGGGAGAUGGUGGGUUUUUGGGAAGGGAGUGGCGGUUCCAAGGUGUGUUCUGACCUCCUGGGAAUACUCACACGAUAUUCCACUGAUCUCUCAGUGCUUUUCUCAGCCUAGUUGGGAAUUUAAUCCGAGUUUUCCCUCCAUCACUCAAUUAUCCUUCAGGACCGUGGGGAGGAAUUUAUUUGAAAGGUUCCACAGAGGCUUUUUUGCAUCUACCUAAAAAAAUAAACCUGGUUGUAGCAUGACAGGCUUUGUGUUGGGGGGAGAUGGGGGAGAAUUCAAAUUAUGGCUGAAAAAAAAAAUCAGAUUUUUGCUCUAAAACGAAACCAAGGAGGGGGGGGGGGGGGAAGUUUCCCAGAGCAGUGGGAUUGCCCUGAGGGGUGUGAUGGCUGCUGGAUUUAAAACUCCCUGCUCAGACUGGUAAAAUCAGUUGUCUCUGUGCAAAUUGGAGCUGAAUUGGAGGUGCUGAAGGGGAGGAAUUCCAGGCUUUGCUUGGGAAGCCCUUGGAUCAACCUGGCUCUGGGUAAAUCUCUGAGAGCAUCUUGGCUCCCGUCCACUCCUGCAAAAAUAGAACAGUUAUUUUUACUCUGGUUCCAUCUUUACUGUAAAAAAAAAAAAAAAGAAAACCCCUCUUUCUGAAGGGUUCCUGCAAGUGAGAUGUUAUAUUUGAUUAAAUUUAUUCUCUUAAUAUAAUGUAAAUAUAAGUGUUGCUGGUUCUGUUUCACUCUUCCUUCUCUUUAUUUUUUUUUGUUUGUUUUAUUAAAUGGCUUGUAUAAGAGUCUUUUUAUAUCCAUA